AUGCCCGCCGAAAUAUAUCCAUGGAGCAAUGAGGAAGCGGUGGGAGGGGGAGGAGCAGUUGGCGGGAAACUGGUGAAGCCAGAGAUCACGCUGGAUUGUGUGCGUCAGCGGGAUAUUCACGUCUACUCCCUCGCGCACCCAUGGCGUGCGCGGCUCCCCGCCGCUGCUGCGCGCCUGCGGGGAGUCUCUGCCUACACCCGUCCACGCAGGGGGUUCUCCGUUUGCCCCGCGCCUGUCCAUCCCCUCCGAUGCGCAUGUGGUUUCUGCGCAAUCUUGGAGAUGCGGCGCAAGAACGGUCGCGCUGCUAGUUCAUUACGUCUCCCGCUACACCAUGUUCAUCGACUUCCCCCUCCCGUCGCCUCCACUUCCCCCUCCCUUCGCCUCCACUUCCCCCUCCCUUCGCCUCCACUUCCCCCUCCCGUUGCCUCCAUUUCCCCCUCCCGUCGCCUCCACUUCCCCCUCCCGUCACCUCCACUUCCCCCUCCCGUCGCCUCCACUUCCCCCUCCCGUCGCCUCCACUUCCCCCUCCCGUCGCCUCCACUCCCCCCUCCCUUCGCCUCCACUUCCCCCUCCCGUCGCCUCCAUUUCCCCCUCCCGUCCCCUCCACUUCCCCCUCCCGUCGCCUCCACUUCCCCAUCCCCCUGCUACCCUUGUCAUUCUCCCUUCCCCUCUGCUCCAUUCGCCCGCACUGCGCAAUUUGUGCAGUUCUUCGUGCGCUCCGUCCCCGACGCACAGGUCAAGACCUACAAGUACAUAUUCAACUCCCUGCUCACGCUGCAGAACAUAGUGCGCAAGAUAGUGGACCGCAAGCAAGGAGCAGUCAGCCUUUUCGAGCUUCACUACUACAUGCAGUCACACCCUGGGAUUGACGUGUUUGCACGGCUGUCCAGCAUCAGCGACACAAUGAGUUUGUACCUUCAAAUGGGCAUUCUCCGCGUGCGCGAGCACGUAGCUUGUGGCGACACCCUUGACACCUUGGCUGCUUCCAUGCUGGAGGCAGGCACUGCUGCCUCGCUGCCGGAAGCAGGCGCAAGCGCUCUUGGAGGCAUGAGAUGGCUUUCCAGGGCUGUGCUUGCGAUGCCGAUGGCAGAGGAGCAGCACUUGCCCUUGAGAGGGCUGCGGCCCAACGUGGUGCAACGGGGGGCGGGCGAUGGUGGGAGUUACGAGAGUUACGGGAGCAGUGCAGCAGGUGCAGCGGCGUAUGAGAUGUCCUAA